UUGGCAUAAACAAGGUCCACUCUCCGACCAUCUUUUUUAGAGCUGUACGUGCAUUCCCAUGCUCCACAUUACCUGAUAAACGCAGCAAGUGUUUCGAAAUAUCCUUAAAUAAUACUUCAGGUGUAUGGUUGGAAACAGUCAUGGUUUAUGCAGGAUGAUUAGAAGAUCUCUGUUUUGUACCGAAAAGGGAACAGCAGCUUGGAGAGUAACACACCGAAACGCUUUAACGGAGGCCAUAGGGUUGAAAUAGUGUUGAAAAUCAUCUCGCAUGACGGUUAGAGAGAAAGUUCCGAAAAAAAAUAGUAAUAAGUACCCAAAGUUACAAUGUCUGCUACAGGAUGUGUCAUGUUGUAUCUGUUACUCUUCUUUUUCACUGCGGAUUUCAAUAACGUGAUAAGUGAAGAGAUACCACCAUCGUCCAACCCAUCGUCCGGUGUGGGUCAAUGUAGUGAUGGUGAAAGAACAUGUCCAUCAAGCAAAGCAUGCUACCAGAAUUAUCAAAUUUGUGACUCGUACGAUGACUGUGGAAACUUUUUUGACGAGAUAGAAUGUCCAAGAUCGCCAGAGGUUUGCCAGCAUGUGCUAGGUAAUUCCUCUGCUUUCCAGGAUGCGUGUACACGGAGUGUAGUUUACGUCCCAGCGGAAGAGGAAUAUAUAGUUACAGAUGGAUUGUUACAUUUUCCUGGACCUGCCAACAACUAUUUUCUACUCGACGCAAUUUCUUUUUCUACGGUAGAUUUUCCUGUGGGAGAAUUCGGAUACUUAAGACUGGUCAUUACUCCAUUCUCUUCUGUGACAAGUGAUUCACUGGAGCCAGUUAUUCUCGUCUUAUCUGACGCCAUAGAGUGGACAUUUAACGAUGGCAGCUAUGAAAUCUUAUUACGCUCUCCCAUUCGUGGGAAUCCAUCAGUAAUUGACAUGGUUCGACUAGAGGUUUCUUAUGUCAUCAAUUCGAGUCCCAGUGCGACAAACCCGUAUCUUCCACCACUUUACUUGUCAACGACAAGCUUCAGGAUGCGGUAUAGAUUCUACUAUGAUCAAUGCGCCAGUAUCUUGAGUGAGGGCGAGACUGGGAUCCCACCGAUUGAUCAAAACUCCUGUCUUCUGGCUGUCAAAGAUUACGCCACCUAUACCAAUGAUGCGGCCCUUCAACGCGUUUACUGUGAACCGAGAGAAUGGGUGCAAGUCGCUUAUGAUUUGUAUUCAGAAUGCUUCGAAUUACCGCUACCAAUGCAACCAUGGCAGUCACUUCCUUCCACCUCUGGACCAAGUACUGUUCCUGCUUCUACGAGUCCUCCUAUGCUUGCACCAUUUUGUGACCAAGUGAAAGAAAUUUGUCCUGUCAGCCGUGGUUGUUUUAACCAGAGUCAAGUCUGUGACUCGUACGAUGACUGUGGAACUGGUUUCGACGAGUCUAGCUGUUCAUCAUUAUCUGACGAAGAAGGUACAACUUGUCAAGAAGUAGAUCAGAAUGCCAGUCUCUUCAACAGCUUUUGUGCAGAAUUCAGGUCUUUCCGCGAUCCAUUCACAUCGGAUGACAUACAAUUAAUAGGUCUCCAUCUCUUCGCAGCACCACAGGGCUCACGCAUACACAUUGAAUCGAUUAAUGUCACCACUCCUGCCUUCACUCCAAAUUUGUCGGGGGAUGUUUAUGCCAUGUUCAGCAUUGCCAUCAUAGAUCAACAAAGACAAACUGUGAACAGUACAACACUGACUGCUGAGCUACGUGUCACGGAUAUAGGAGUUUUUAGACACAUUCUCCCUCUUCGCGUUCCACUACCGGUAUCUUCUACUGAUCGUAUCGAGGUUUACAUUCAACGAACCCUAGAGACUGGUCCGCCAAGUCCCCAAAAUCCAUACCAAGGUGUUUCAGUGAGAACUGGAGCUGUUCGUCUGAACUUUGUUAAUUACAGAGGUGAAGACUGUGGUUCAGUUUCUCAAACCGAGCAAGGACCUGCAUGGAACCUAUGCCUUCAAUCAGCCUGGGAUUUCACCAAAGCUUCGGAGAGGAUGUUUUCAAUGGGACUUACUUGUCAACCUCUGGAACGCAUUCAUUUCAUUUCAAAUAUGUAUAAUGAAUGCUUCGAUGAGCCUUCUAUUGUGCAAAUAUCCAGAAACAACUCCGUAGUCCCCGGUCAAGAAGUGUCCCUUAUUUGUGCAGCGAGAGGUACUCCUGUUCCAACGGUCCGAUGGCUUGUCCCAGAUGAUCUGAUUGUAUUCAAUCAUUUGUUCCUGUCAACAACCACUAAUUCAUCUACAAUUACAUUUACUGGUGAAAUUGCUAAUAUGCAGUACAGAUUUGAAUGUAUUGCAGAAAGCUACGUGGGCGAAAAAAGAGCUGUACGCUUUGUCACAAUUUUAGGUAAUGAAUGUGUUGAGAAGUUGGAGUUGCGAAAUAAUUUCCUAGCAUCGUCUGAUCCUAACCAAUCAUGUCCUAAUGUACGAGCUAUUUAUACACAAUUUUUCUAUUCUUCUUCGCUCAGAGCAAUUGCUUAUAGUUCACCAUCAAAUGGGUAUCUCUUUUCCAUUGAUCUACCUUGGUAUUUAUUCUCCUUCUCGUAUGGUAAUACCAUUGCUGGUCUUCGGAUAUCGGUCAUCGUAGAUAACUUCCUAUUAGGACCACCAAGCAGACGAAGAAAGCGAUAUGUAGUCCCUAUCUUAUACGAGAGAGAUUACUUUGAUAUCACACAAAAUGGAAAUGACCUUGUUCGCAUACAUUUCUUGGAUCCGGUUUCCAUAACAUCUCAACAGUUCUACAUCAGUUAUGAAAGUCUUGAGAGCAGCCAGGAGACAUUUCCACCGGAAGGACCGGUUACCUUAAGAUACUUAGAAUGUCCAACUGUAAUAGACAGAAUCAACGAUACUAUGUGUUUCACAAUAUAUGAUCAAUGGCGUGAGGUCGAGGAGGAAUUAAUAGAGUUGGGUUGCACGAGAAGAACUUCUCCACUCUUCAACCUUUAUCAGAACUGCUUAGGGAUAAAGGAUGAACCUCUUAUGGAACUUCCACUCACCAUCCCUGAUAUAAAAGUUGAUGACAACUUUACCCUUCGUUGUCCUAUAACGGGGGACUUGCAAUCUUACUGGAUGAAAAGGACCAGUAGAGAAGACGUAUUACCCUUUGUGAGACAGUCUCCCAUUCUACAAUUUGAAUUUUUCAACUCUCAAAAUCAAGGUUAUUACUUCUGCAGAGGAGUUGGAAGUAAUAAUCAAACUCUGGAAACAGAACCCGUAUUGCUCGCAUAUAAAGCAUCUGAGUUUACAACGCUAGGAUUCUCGAUAACAUAUGAUCGACCCUAUAUAGAUAUCGACGAUCCCAUCUUCCCAGAUUCUUCAUUUGACCUUCUUUCUCCUGUUCGCAUUGCACUGUUUCGUGAUUCAACGAUCUGGCAAAUGCUCGUAGGUGGUGGAUUAGGCUUUGGUGGGGACGUACCAACUAUCAUCAAUACUCGAAAUGGUAGUAUGAUCGUUGACUAUCAGGCUACUUUUUCCAAUGCAAAUGGAACUGAUCUUAUUGAGGAAGUAACGACAGCUUUGAGGGAUAAUCUUGGGAGUUCUGACGCCACUCCUCGUGAUCUUAUUCUCGAUUCCAUCACUGUUGGAAGUGUUUCCGCGUGUCCUGAAUCAGUCUACGUUGGAAGUGAAGGUACAUUUACAUUCCCAUCAGUCGGUUUAGGACAGAUAUCGGAGAGCGUGGAACAUUGCCCUGUAUAUACUGGAAAUACUCCUGUACCUCGAGCCAGAAGGACUUGCUUGGGUGAUUUCAUUACCCAAGCUUACUGGGCCGACCCUGUCCCCUCUGAAUGCUUCGACGAAAAUGAUAAUACUAAUCAAGUCCUUGAUGACAUAGCGAAUGCACCCAUUUCAAAAGACAACGUAACGGAAUACUCAAGUGACCUCGCCAAAGUCACCAAUGACACUUCCUCGAUCACAGCCGAUGGACUUGAAUCUAUUGCGACAUCACUGGAAAACAUUGUCAGCGUACAGGACUCGUCAAUGGAGGUAACAGUGAACGUGAUCAACACUGUCAACAACGUUCUGCAGGUUAGUGACGAGGAUUUCGUAAUCGCCAUCGAUGCCGGAGCACCUACUCGCAUCCUCGAUUCUUUGGAAGAUCAACUAACCCUCUUCCAAACCCAGGGUGAUGGUUCAAACCUGACUGUCGUUGAUGAUAGCAUUGCCGUAGUGGCCCUGAAUAUUCCAAGAACAACAGUACAGGGAGGUAUCGGGUUUGGAAGUCAAAGUGUUGUUGGAUCAGGAAACAAUGCUUACAAUGAAGUCCUUGGAGAAAACAGUACUAUGGUGUUUUUCGAUUUAGAUGCGAUGCCCAUUAACGAGUUUGAAGCUGUUGUUAGCCUCCCUAGCGGCAUUCUGGAUUCCAUAUCUUCAGGCGAGAGCAUGGUACCAAUUACUUUCUUCGUAUUCCAAAACAGCCGACUGUUCCAGAGUGGCAACCAACAUAACACCUUAGAACCUGGCCGUCGACAAGCCGUUGGUUCUCGAAUCAUCUCGGCAACCAUUGAGGGAUUCGAUGUCCAGAAUUUACCGAUGGGACAGGAAAUCGAAACCGCCUUCCUGGAACUUAAUGUCACGGAUGACGAUGAAACAGUUGAUAAUAGGUCGUGUGUAUUCUGGGAAAAGACCAUUAUUGGUGGUCAGUGGUCGACGAGAGGGUGUCGACGGGAAGAUUUACCGGAGAUCGAUAGAAUACGAUGUCUUUGCGAUCAUCUUACGAGUUUUGCUGUUCUAUUGGACGUAUCUGGUGACAUUAAUAUUUUUGUUUUGGAUAUUCUGAGCAUGAUCGGCUGCGGUAUCUCUUCUCUAUGUCUCGUCAUCCUACUGAUCACCUUUAUAUGUGUUAAAAAACUCCGAAGCAGUCAACCUCAACGGAUCCAUAUAAAUCUAUGCUUGGCUUUACUUGGUCUAUAUCUAGACUUCCUGGUGGGAAUUGAUCUCCGAUACCCAACCAUUGGCUGUGUCAUUGCUGGGUUCAUUCUUCAUUUCUUCUUGCUCUCAUCCAUGGCAUGGAUGUUAGUAGAAGCUGUCUACAUGUAUAUCCUAUUCGUCAACGUUCACAGUGGUACUGUCUCAAAGUACAUAAGGACAUCAAGUGUCUUAGCAUGGGGUUCUCCGUUAAUAGUAUGUAUCAUCAUAGUUUGUAUCGACAGAGAAUUCUAUCUUGGAGAUAACACAUAUUGUUUUGUGCAACCAGGACCAGUUCUCUAUUACUCCGUGCUCCUCCCCGUAGCCGCCAUUGUCCUCAUCAAUACUAUCAUAUUUAUCCUCGUCGCAUAUCGCUUAACUUGUGGACGGUGGACGAUUUCGGCAAACAAAAGCACGGGUGAAGAUAAGCGAAGCGAAACAUGGCGCCGGCUACAAAAUCUGGUGGCUUUCACUCUUCUCCUUGGACUGACGUGGGCAUUUGGGUUUCUCGCUAUCGGCGGUGCUCGCUCCGUUUUCAAUGUGUUAUUCCUGGUCUUUAACUCCCUCCAAGGACUAUUUAUCUUCAUCAUGUUCGGUCUUAGGCUGAAGUCAGUGCGGAAUGAGUGGCUCCGUUUCUUCCGUUGUCAAUGUUGUGAAGACGAGAAAAGUCGACGUUCAAUUAACUACAUGAAGUCAAGGCCAUUAACAGGGGGUAAAUCUUCAGGACAAACGGAAAGCUCAAGUGCCGGCACUCACGGAUCCGCUUUUCCUUUGGAUGGGCGCGGUUUGUCUUCAACUACAAGCAGCCAACUUCCAUAAACGAUUUGUAGAUUUACCAAAUUUUAAAGGAGAAUGAAACCUUUGGACCGAGAUAGCUUGU